CCGCCAGUAACUGGCUGUUCACCAGUGUAGUUCUGCAGGGCAUCUUGACCUGCUGCCUGUCAAAUAAGUCUUGGGAAAAUACUUCACUUGCCAGAAGAUCAGACGUAAGUCUCAAUGACAGUUCUGAUGUUGCUGAGCGUCGCGGCCAUGGCCGUGGUCGUGGCCCCGGUGGAGCCAGCCAGCAUUCCCGCCCCUGCUGCAGAGGGGGACACGAGCAAUGUGAUUCUUGGUAGGUCCGUAGUGUCCAGUCUCCUCGUCGCCACGGGCUUCAGCGAGGCGUGUGUGGCCGAAGCCCUGGACACCUGUGCACCCACCUCCGUGCAGCGCCCAACGCCGCCGAACCCGCUGGUGCAGGGGGCGAGAGAGCUGCUGCAGGAGGUGCGUCAAGUCGUGAGUCACUACGACAACCGCCCGCGUCACUGCAAGGACCUGCUGGACGGCGGGGACAGCGGCAAGGGCCUUCGCCACGUGUACCCCUUCCCUGGGCAGCCCCAACGCCGCGCGGCAGUGUACUGCGACCAAACGACUGACGGAGGGGGCUGGACGGUGUUCCAGAAACGCACCAACGUCACCGUCCGGGAAGAAUUCAACCGUACAUGGUUGGAAUAUCAACUGGGUUUCGGUCGUCUCGAGGGCGAGUUCUGGCUGGGCCUGGACCUGCUGCACGGACUGACAUCGGCGGCUCUUCAGGAACUGCGCAUCGACAUGGCAGAUUGGGACGACGUUCGACGGUAUGCAAAGUACGCCUUCUUCUACGUCGGCCCUCCAAGCACCAAGUACCGCCUCAGUGUUGGAAGGUACAGCGGUGACGCAAGGGACUCUUUUGCCUCUCAAUCUGGCGGCAGAUUUUCCACUCAUGAUGCUGAUAACGACUCAUCUCCCGGUAAAUGUGCCGUGACGUAA